AUGAGUCGACAGUUCAGUUCCAGGUCUGCUUACCGGAGUGGAGGAGGCUUCAGCUCUGGCUCUGCUGGCGUCCUCAGCUGCCGCCGGACAACCAGCAGCUCCACCCGCCGCAGUGGGGGAGGUGGUGGCAGAUUUUCCUCCUGUGGCGGCGGUGGUGGUGGUGGAGGUGGCUUUGGAAGUCGGAGUCUUAUUAACUUCGGUGGCGGUGGCGGUGGCGGUAGAAGUUUCUCUCAAAGUGUGAUUAGAGGAGGUGGAUGUACUGGUUUUGGCGGCGGUGGCUUCGGUGGCGGCGGCGGCGGCUUUGGUGGCGGUAGCUUUGGCGGUGGUUACGGCAGCGGCGGAGGUUUCGGUGGUGGUGGCAGUUUUGGAGGCAGAGGUGGUUUUGGUAGAGGAGGCGGUUUUGGUGGAGGUGGCUUUGGGGGUGGUGGAAUGGGAGGUGGCUUUGGGGGUGCCUGUCCCCCUGGUGGUAUCCAGGAAGUCACCAUCAACCAAAGUCUUCUGCAACCCCUCAAUGUGGAGGUCGAUCCUCAGAUCCAAAAAGUCAAGUCUCAAGAAAGGGAGCAGAUCAAGACACUCAACAACCAAUUUGCUUCCUUUAUUGACAAGGUGCGGUUCCUGGAGCAGCAGAACCAGGUACUGCAAACGAAAUGGGAGCUACUGCAGCAGGUGGACACCUCCACGAAAACUCAUAGCUUAGAGCCUCUGUUUGAGCAGUACAUCAGCAGGCUCAGCCAGACCGUGAACAAACUGAAGAGCGACCAGUCCCGGAUGGAUUCGGAACUGAAGAACAUGCAAGACCUGGUGGAGGACUUCCGGAAUAAGUAUGAGGACGAGAUCAACAAGCGGACAAACGCCGAGAAUGAAUUUGUGACCAUCAAGAAGGAUGUGGAUGCUGCUUAUUUGAACAAGGCUGAUCUUCAAGGCAAAGCUGGCCUUUUACAGCAGGAAAUCGAUUUCUUCACAACACUCUAUCAACUGGAGUUGUCCCAGAUGCAGACUCACAUCAGUGAAACCAACGUCAUCCUUUCCAUGGAUAACAACCGCAGCCUGGACCUGGAUAGUCUCAUCACUGAAAUCCAGGCCCAGUAUGAGGAUAUUGCCCAGAAGAGCAAAGCCGAGGCUGAGAGCGUAUACCAGAGCAAGUAUGAAGAGCUCCAGAUCACCGCUGGCAAGCAUGGGGACAGUGUGAAAAGCUCAAAGAUGGAGAUUUCUGAGCUGAAUCGACUGAUCCAGAGACUUCGAUCUGAAAUUGACUCCGUCAAGAAGCUGAUCUCUCAGUUACAGCAAUCCAUCAGCGAUGCUGAGCAGCGUGGGGAGAAUGCCCUCAAAGAUGCCAAGGACAAGCUAAACGAGCUGGAGGACGCCCUGCAGAAAGCCAAGGAGGACCUCGCCAGGCUGCUGCGGGACUACCAGGAGCUGAUGAACGUCAAGCUGGCCCUGGAUCUGGAGAUCGCCACCUACAGGACGCUGCUGGAAGGAGAGGAGAUCAGGAUGUCUGGCGAGUGCAGCCCCAACGUGAGCGUGUCGGUGAGCACCAGCCACACUACCAUCACUGUCUUCUGGAUCCAGGAGUUUCACUAG